CGGACCAUUGCACGUACCAUCUAGAACGUACCUUCUGAAUAUCAAGUAUAUGACGAACCUUAUAUAAAUUCCCAAAUGUAAUAAUUACUUGUUAGUAUGCUAACAAAUCCCUGCGUGGGCAGACAAUAUGAAGAUAUCAAUUAUUCUAUUAUUUUUGUGUGCUUCCUCAUAUGCCGAACUACCACCUCCAUAUCACCGACAAGGUUUUCGACCCAGUCCUCAGUUUACUUCUCAAAAGUUCCCGGAAAGAACUUAUGGUCCUCCAAGUCAAAAAGUAAAUGUACUAGAUUUGAACUUUCCGUCUAGAAUAACCAUCGAGCAACUAAUUGGAAUUACGGAACAAUUACAACAUUCCCGGCAGAAAGUUGUAAAUAGACCACAUAAUUCAUUUACACAGCCUCAGUUGUCGUAUGGACCUCCUAAAUCAACUCAGUUAUCUCAACAAAAUCAAAACAGGCCGAUAAAUUUUGGAGGUUCUCUACCCCAAACAGUUUAUGGACCACCCAAACAUCAACAAUUACCCUUACAGACAAGUCCAAAUUUACAACCACCGAGUCAACUUUACGGAAGGUCUCAAUCUUUUGGAGGCUCACAAAGCGUACCGCAAAAUUCAUAUGGAGCGCCAGCUGUUCAACAGUUGCCUAGUUCUUUCAAACCAUCAAAUUUUGGAUCUUCUAAUAUAAACAAUCAAUUCCCGUCUACAAGCUAUGGGACACCUGAUGUGCGAAACUUAGAAACAUUUGGAAACAUUCGCAAUACCUUAUCUGAUGACGACAUAUUAAGGAAGAACCUUUUGAAUGACUUGAGAAAACAGCAUUUGCCCUAUAAACCACCUUCUGGCUUUAGACCUCAAAAUAGUGGAAAUUUGGGAAAUAAUAAUAUUGCAAGCGUUGCACAACAAUAUAUUCCAACGGAGCAAGUCAGUGGGACAUCAAGUCAAAAUACUCAAAGUCCAAUAAACAUUGAUCUGCCAUUGCCCAACCAGUUUCAAAACCAAGCAGCCAACAAUAAUAAUGGUGUAGGUACAAGUUAUUUGCCUCCAAGUACUACAUCAAAACCGACUGCCGCAUCAACGCCUAAAUUAGCUAAUCCACAAACAAUCGGUACAACAGCUAGAAGCCCCAGCUCGACCAAUUACGACUAUGAUUAUGAAUCUCAACAGCCAACGGAAGCGCCAUCGACACAAGAUGAAUCUGAGACAGGACCAAACAUCUCCAUUUCUACUGCAGUCGCCGGCGCCGGUACGGGUGGUUUCUUCUAUCUACAACAACCUGAUGGCAGACUGCAAAGAGUAACAUUACAAAAAAGCCAAGAACCCAAUAGCAAGCCAGAAGAAUUUGUUGCAAAUUAUUAUUUUCAAAAUAUUCCAGCUCUUCCUAAUACGCUUUACGCACCCUUGAUAAACUUGGGCGCAUAUGUAAAAAAAUAGAAAAAAUAAAUAAAUUACAUUAUCUUACGAAAUUAAAUUAUUUUAAGGUAUAACGG